AUGCUUACAAGUAAUCCUGGGUCUACAGUUCAAGUUGGUGUAAUCCCGAUGCCAGAGGGUCCUCCUCAAUUUGAGAGGUUUUAUGUGUGUCUUGAUGCCUGUAAAAAAGGAUUUAAGGCUGGGUGUAGACCGAUGAUUGGAUUGGAUGGGGCUUUUCUUAAGACCCUACACGGUGGACAAAUAUUGACGGCGUGUGCUCAGGAUGCCAAUAACCACAUCUUUGUUGUUGCCUAUGCAAUUGUGGAUGUGAAAAACAAGGACAACUGGAAAUGGUUUCUGGACCUGUUGCAAUUAGACCUUGGCAACUACAAUGAUAACAAGUUGUGCAUCAUUUCAGACAUGCAGAAGGGACUAAUUCCAGCAGUGAAGGAAGUCAUGCCCAUGGCCCAGCACAGAUUUUGUGUGUGGCAUCUGUGGCAGAAUUUUUCAAAACAAUGGGGUAUCACGGAGUUGAAAGACCUGGUCUGGGAGUGUGCUAGAUCAAGGACACGUAAUGAGUUCGAGAGGAACAUGAAGAGAGUAAAGGUCAUUAAUGAGCAGGCUUGGCAGUAUCUUGAAAAGUGGCCGAAGGAAGUUUGGACUAAGGCAUACUUCAGUGAGGAUCCCAAGAAUGACAACAUUUGCAACAAUGCUUGCGAAUCAUUCAAUGCUAAGAUAAAGCAUGAAAGGACCAAGCCGAUUUUGACUUUGGCUGAAGAGCAAAGCAGACUAGAAGCCAUGACAAAGUUAUCUAGUCACUGGGCUCCCCAAUGGUGCGGGGAUGAAAAAGAGGAGUUUUUUGAAGUACAUGGAUGGCCCACAAACAUGGUGGUCGACUUGGGAAAGCACACUUGCACCUGUCGGUUCUGGCAACUCACAAGGAUGCCAUGUAUGCAUGCAAUUUCAGCAAUUCAAGACAAAAAUAGUAAGAGAACUGAGGAGUAUUGCCAUGAGUUGUUGACAAUGGAGGCGACAAGAUCUGUGGGAGAAAACAUCCUCACCUGCCCCUGUCCCACCCCCCCAAUCAAGCCAAAACCUGGGAGGCCUACCAAGAAGAGGAGAAAGGACAAGGGAGAGCAGCCAAUUGGGUCAAGCACCAAGAUGAAGAGGAAGUACAACCCAAUUAGGUGCAUGUUUUGUGGUGAAGUUGGACACAACAAGAGAAGCUGUGCAAAGAAGAAAAAGGAGGAUGCUGAGGAACAAGCUAGGCAAAUGCAACUACAGCUUGCCCUUGCUAAAGGGCCUGCUCUCCCUACAGAUGAGCCACACACCAACAAUGAAGUUCAAUCACAUUCUCCCCCUCCUCCCCCAGUCCAGCCACAACCUGUUGUGAAAGUCAACCAACUUGGAGGAACCCAACCAAUGCAAGAUACCCAACUGCCUGUUCAAGACAUUUAG